AUGCCUGGAAAGCACAGAGAGUAUGCACCGGAGUCCAUUUGGCGACAGCGGCAGUUUCCUCCUAAUGCCAACUCUGUUAUACCCUGGGAUAUUGGCCAACAACGACAAACACCAUUGGUUGAUGACGUAUCGAAAGUAAGGGUCGACUUCAGUGCCUUUAUCAACUCCAUGGAUGACCAGUUCUUUGCAUAUCUGUGCUUGAUACGCGAGUACGCCAUGCGAACUCUUCAAGGCAAAGCCGCAGAGUACAGUGCGUUGUAUCAAGCUAUGAUCUCCCAAGACGUUGAAGAAGAAGCUUUAUCACGUAUGUCGGUUAUCGAAUUCCAAACCGAUGGUCUACGAUCGAGAACGUUUACGGCCUUUGCAGAACUCAGGAACUAUAUGGAUGGAACAUCGCCAAGCAACGACUCCUCAUUGAGACGGUUGUUCGUGUUGGAAGACAUGCCUGUGCGAUACAUCUGUCUGCUAGGAUCAAGGCUACGCAUUCAUCCUACCGUCUUCGCGCGUCAUUACACAACCGAGGGUAGCAGCACAAUCUCGGAUAACAUCAAUAGUCUUCCCUCUGUAGUCCAGACCAGCACCUCCGACGGUCUCGACUACGAAAGUGACGACGAAGAGCUCCAUGCGCCACAUAAGAGAAGAAGUUUCACUCUUCGGUAUCCGGUACUCAUGCCGCAUGUAUCUGCCAAACAGGACUCUGAUUCGUUCAAAUGUCCGGCGUGGCUCAAGCCCGAUGGAAGACUGAGGGACCAGAGCGCAAAUCCACGAUUCAUAGUCGAGAGGAGCCUGGAGACACCGACCAGAUACGAUCAGUGGGACGCAAGGGGCGAGAUCUCUGAGCUGGAAGGUCAAGUCACAUAUUGGUACCAUACGCUGCCAGGCAGCGGCUGGGAAGUCCAGACACUGAAGUUACACGUUCAGGCUUAG